UCGAAUCUCCCAUGACGAUAGCACGCGUUCCAUCAAAAGGCACAAGAAUCAAAACGAAAAACAUUCCACGACUGAAAAUGGCCCGCUAUGGGUUAACAUUCGCGAUAAGCGUUGUGUUUCACUCGUGUCUCGUGCUUUCCAGCAAACAUAACGUCGAUCAAAAUGUGUGUUUGCCGAAUCCCUGCACGAAUGGUGGCUUGUGCAGUGUGAACGGGACAAAUUUCCUCUGUGAUUGUCCACAAGGAUAUCGCGGAGAUAGAUGUGAAGUUCGACCUGGACAGUGCCUAACCAACCCUUGUGUCAACGGCAUUUGCGAGUUGGAUAGCUUGGGCAAUCCUAGAUGCUUUUGCAUUCCUGGUUUUGCUGGAAGGUAUUGUGAUAUCGACGAAGAUGAAUGCGCGUCCUCGCCUUGCCGAAAUGGCGGAUUGUGCAUCGAUCAAGUCGAUAGCUAUAAAUGCUCUUGUAAACAAGGAACCUUCGGCUUGAAUUGCGAGCUGUUGGAGGAGGACGUCCAAAAGUGUGUGAAGCAGUGCGAGGGGGGAAUAUGUUGGCGUAACGAGAGCAAGAUUUUCCAAAUUGAAUGGGGUUAUGGGGACAUGCUUUGCAAUACUCAUCAUUCUUGUUUUGGCGGUGCAAACAAUUCGCAUUCUAUAACGACAGAUGACUUCUUCAUAGACGUUCAGCUAUUACCACAGCAACUACAAAUAGGAGAUAGUCUGAACUUCUCCAUGGAUGCAAACAUGGCACCGUACGUCCCGGGAAUCAGGCCGUAUCUGACAGGAAAAGAGGAAUUUUACCAUUGCAACCAAACGAAUGGUACUUUCUUGAGUGAAGAUCCGUUGGGCACGAUACUUAUCACUGAAGAUACCCUCAGUAAAGAAGGCAUUUAUCACUUUAUCGACAACGUAGAUACUACAUUCCGAUGCGAAUUUGGUCUCCGGUUGAACGUUAGCGUAAAAUCCAACAAGUGCAUGGAGCCUGGAAGUUCAGUGUAUUGUUCAAACCAUGGCCAAUGUGUGACUAAUUUCAGCAUGAGUUCCUAUCAGUGUAAAUGUUGUGGAGGGUUCAGAGGAGAAUUUUGUGAAAAAGAGGACCAUUGUUUUUCCAAGCCCUGCAAAAAUGGUGCCACUUGUAAAAACAAGGAGGGGGACCCCCGUCACUUCUACACAUGCACCUGUGCACCAGGGUACGAGGGGCGUGACUGUAGUAGGGUGAUAGACAUGUGUGUGUCAAAUCCUUGCAAGCUUAAUGCUGCCUGCACACCCCUUGUCAAUGACUUUCACUGUUCAUGUCCAAGAGGUUAUACUGGGAAAACAUGCGACACCGAACUGAAUGCCUGUAGUUCAAGCCCGUGUGAAAAUAACAGCACCUGUGUCAAUAAGUUGGAUACAUUCAAGUGUUUCUGUACUCCUGGAUAUACAGGCUCCCACUGCGAGGUGAAUAUCAAUGAGUGUGCAUCAAGCCCAUGUCAGUAUGGCACAUGUAUUGACCUAAUUGAUGGCUACAGAUGCUACUGCAAACCAGGGUUUGGUGGGACUAACUGUGGGCUAAACCUGAACGAGUGCCUUUCCAACCCCUGCUACAACGGCGGAUUCUGUGUUGAUGAAGAAAACAACUACAGAUGUGAUUGCGGGCAUGGCUAUCGGGGACGGCAUUGCGAGGAAGAUGUUGACCUGUGUAAGGAGGAGGGCUGGUGCGUAAAUGCAAUCUCCUGUAAGGAUAAUGGUAACAGUGUGGAUUGCCAAUGCAAGCCUGGAUUCACUGGUGCUAACUGUGCCGUUGAUAUACAUGACUGUGUGAAUAACCCAUGUAUGAACGGCGGUACUUGCAAAGACAAGGUCAAUGAUUUUGAGUGCUUCUGCAAACCAGGAUUCACUGGGAAAACCUGCGAACUUCUAGAUGGAUCAAGGACCACGUCCAUACCUUCACAAGCGCUACGCCUACAACUACUAACAGAGGACUGCCAUCUUCUAAAGGGCUCAGUUCUUGCCCAGAGCAUUCUGAAGAACAUCACUUCUCAUGUGGCGGCUGCAUGCAACUGUCCAUUUACCAGUCGAAAUGUUGAAGAGCAGACCAUGAAUAUUCAGUGCAAAGACAGUAUCAGUGCAAUGUUCACCGUCCAGAUUUCCCCUGUAGCGGGACACACCACCAAGGAACUUAUUUGCAGCCUCUGGUCCCACCUUAACACUCAUCGCAAUGUACUGGAACUUGGCCAUGACACGUUUAUUGUUGGGAUGUUAACCAACAUGUCGUCCAAGUGUGCACCACGAGCGGGUGCUAAACCUCACGUCCCUGUGCAUGUACCUGAGCCAAGCAGUAACCUGGCCGUCACCAUUGGCUCUAUCUGCGCCGUGGUAGGACUUGUGGUGGCUGCCAUUGUGGUAUGCUGUAGAUGCCGCCAUUCUCGGCCUCCCGCUGUCAAAAAAUAUCAACCCAGGGUGGAAGAUGAAAUGAUUAGCAAUCUGAGUGGUGACUUGCUCUCCGCCGUUGCACCCACGCCCAAGUCGAUGUACAGAACAAGUGGGGGGUACCACAACAUGGCCUUCUCAGGCCGGUUCAACCCUGAGGAUCCAAUCAAGUCCAAACGAGUCUGAGACGUUGCGCUAGAGAUGGGUGUACCAGAAGUUGGGAAGAGUCUGAUAACGUAGAACUAGAGAUGGAGUACCAGAAUUCGGUUAGCUCUUGAAGCGCUUAUUAGUCCGAAAUUCGUGGAGUCAACAACCUGUUAUUGAACGUAGUCGUUACCUGUCGAGAUUUGUUGGUCUCAAGUACAAGUAGCUUGUCUUGAAUACUAUUUGCUGGUCUCGGUUACCAGAUGACAUCAUCUAACAAAGCUGGAGCACGAGGGCACUGAUUUCUAGAGCUCUGUCCAUCGCCGGCCAUCAUUCCCGAGGUAGAAUCAACGUUUGAUGAAGAAACAUAGACAUAAUAAGAUCUCCUUUGAAUGAUUUCCCCCGGCUCGCUUUUGAGGAACAAUCAGCGAAAGUAAAGUUACACUUUUAACUGAAGUUAAGUGGUACAACGGAAAGAACUAUCAUCUGGAUCAACAGAUGUAGAAAAACUGGUCGUUGAUCGUACAAUCAAUAGCUAUCACUCUUCAGCUAACCCAUGUUUUACUCAUGAGAGUGGUUUGUUAAAAAGUUGCCAGUAUAGGUAAAUAUAGUUGCUUGUUUAGAUAUAUUUAUCUGCUUUAAAAUUUAUAUCAAAACUGAAAAAGAUCCUUGGUCCACAUUGCUUAAUGUUUUCUCUCCCUGUGUUACCAAAAUGUCAAUCGAACUUAAAUCAUUCCAUUGAUUCGCCAAAAAAAAAAAACUUUUAGCUAGAUUUUGUUCGGUACGUAUAAAAAUGCAAAAAAUAGAGACUUUGUCCUUGCGGAAAACAGUAGUAAAACCAGCAUUUUUCAAAAUAGUACUCAAACAGUAACAGGAUCGAAAUUUGCGAUUGAUUUAAAGUUAUAUAUUGUUCCUUUAUAAGGACCUAAAGUUUUUCGUGUGUUCUAUUACGGAGCCAAACGCGAGUACUAACUCGCAUCAAUUGAAAGAUUGAAGUUCGAUUGAGUUUGAUUACCCAUCAUUCCAUUGAUAACGCCAUGAUCCCCUGACUUGAAAGUCUGUUUAUUUUAAUACUAAAGAAGGAAUAUUGUGAAUGAAGUUAACGUUUUUUACUUAUUUUACUCAUGUUUUUUACUCAUGUUAAGUGAGUAGAAUUAAUAUGUGAUUAUUUAGAUUCGGUACUUAAAGAUAACAAGUUGGUCGUAAUAAAUAGGUAAAGACGCUUGUUCGUGAAAACAGGUGAUUUAUCUGAAUGUUACUACCGAGCUAUCGUAUCCCGCUUGUAUAUAGCUUGACAGAUAAGAUAUUGUAGGGUUGUAUAAAGGUUUUAUAUGGCAUGGAAAUUUCAAUAAAUUUACAGAAUCGA